UUUUUACGCACGCCAAGCGCAGCAACGGGAGCUUCACGGCAGCUCGCGCCGAUACAUUCGCUCAGGGACGUAAAGCUUAAAAAUAUCUACAAAACCCGGCCGGCUGAUUCUUUCACGGGAAUAACUCUUGAUCACACGCAUGUGAGCGUGCACGCGUCCAGCUGGUAAAGCGUGUGUGGGGGGGGGAGAGAAGACCAUAUGCCAUGAUUUUGACACCGGCGCGGCUUUCUGCGCUUCUGCCCGCGCGACUCUGACAGAAAGUGUCUGGAUCUGCUCCUUGGAAACUGUUCACCAAAAACAAACAAAAAAAAACUGUGGAAAUAUUCUCCGGAUGGUGACGACGUGUUCUCACGCGAUUCGCUCAGUGCGAAGGACAGGGACUGGAAGACUUGGACCCGCUGCUUGUUGUUUGGUUUAAUGCGCGCAGGGAGUCGGAGAACGCGCUGCGACGUUCUCCACCUUUUUACACCAAAGGGUGCUUGUUGUUGUGGACACGCGCACCUUUGAGGGGGUUUGGUGAAUGGGGGAGACUUCGUUCUUUGUGGUUUGACACCGCUGGAACCGGGACUGCUGCUGGAGCGGGUGCGCAGAGCGUCGAAUCCUCCAGGAUAGUGUCUGUUUACAUGUCCAACCUGUUAUGACAAUGGAUUACUUUCUGCUGUUGUGCAGCGUCUUGCUGCCCGUGGUGUCCGCCGUGGAAGAGACGCUUAUGGACACAAAAUGGGCCACGACAGAAUUAGCCUGGACUGCACACCCAGAGACCGGGUGGGAAGAGGUGAGCGGCUACGAUGAUGCCAUGAACCCCAUCCGGACAUACCAAGUCUGCAAUGUACGUGAAAUCAACCAGAAUAACUGGUUACGCAGUGACUUCAUCCCACGCAAGGAUGUGCUGCGCGUGUAUGUGGAGAUGAAAUUCACAGUGCGUGACUGUAACAGCAUUCCUAAUAUCCCAGGCUCUUGCAAAGAGACCUUCAACCUCUUCUACUAUGAGUCCGACUCAGACUCAGCCACAGCCACCAGCCCAUUCUGGAUGGAAAACCCUUAUGUGAAAGUAGACACUAUCGCCCCAGACGCAAGCUUCUCUACACUUGUGUCCGGACGCGUAAACACAAAAGUGAGAAGUUUUGGGCCACUAUCCAAAGCUGGGUUCUACUUGGCCUUCCAGGACCUUGGUGCUUGUAUGUCGCUCAUCUCAGUCAGGGUGUUCUAUAAGAAGUGCUCCACCACAAUCGCCAACUUUGCAGUUUUCCCGGAGACAGCAACUGGAGCUGAGGCAACAUCUUUGGUCAUUGCUCCAGGAACUUGUGUCCCCAAUGCCCUGGAGGUAUCUGUGCCACUGAAGCUUUACUGCAAUGGAGACGGGGAGUGGAUGGUUCCUGUAGGUGCCUGUACCUGCUCAGCUGGUUUUGAACCCGCCAUGAAAGAUACCCAAUGUCAAGCUUGCAGCCCAGGUACCUUCAAGUCCAGGCAGGGGGACGGCUUCUGUGUACCCUGUCCAGUCAACAGCCGCGCCACCUCCGGAGCUGCUAGCAUUUGCUCCUGUCGAAACGGCUACUACCGUGCAGACACAGACUCACCUGACUCCCCGUGCACCUCCAUUCCUUCCGCACCGCGCAAUGUCAUUUCCAGUGUCAAUGAAACCUCGCUCUUGCUGGAAUGGAGCGAACCGCGUGACCUAGGUGGCCGCGAAGACAUCUUCUACAACGUCAUCUGCAAAAAGUGCCUGCCCGAGCGGAAAAUGUGCUCGCGAUGCGAUGACAACGUAGAUAUCUCGCCGAGACACCUGGGCCUGACCCAGCGUCGCGUGGCUGUCCGCAACCUUCAGGCCCACACGGACUAUAGCUUUGAGAUCCAAGCGGUCAACGGCGUUUCAAACAAGAGCCCCUCAACACCUCAGUUCUCGGCGGUGAACAUCACUACUAAUCAGGCCGCUCCAUCUGCAGUGCCCACGGUUCACCUGAUGGCAGCCACGUCCAACACCAUGAGUCUAUCCUGGCUGCCCCCGGAGAAACCAAACGGAAUCAUUCUGGAUUAUGAGAUUAAGUACCAUGAGAAGGAUCAGGGUGAAGCCAUUGCCCAUACUAUGACUGCCCAACAGAGCUCUGCUCGCAUUGAAGGUCUCAAACCCGGUACACCAUAUGUGGUACAAGUCCGUGCUCGGACAGUGGCUGGUUACGGGCGUUACAGCAGCCCAGCAGACUUCAGCACCAACUUGCAAGAUACCAUGGAGAAGUCACUGCAGGAACAGUUGCCGCUCAUUGUGGGAUCAGCCACCACUACUUUGGUCUUCAUCAUUGCAGUUGUUGUCAUUGCAAUCGUCUGCCUCAGAAAGCAGAGGAACGGUUCAGAAUCUGAGUACACAGAGAAACUGCAGCAGUACAAAUCCCCCAUAGUGACGCCGGGAAUGAAGGUCUACAUUGACCCCUUCACCUACGAGGACCCCAACGAGGCCGUGCGCGAGUUUGCCAAGGAGAUUGACGUCUCCUGCGUGAAGAUCGAGGAAGUCAUUGGCGCAGGUAACCCACCAAAGCUCCUGAGCUACAGGGGGAAGACUGCUAGUCACCUCCAGGCCAUACCGCUAGAGGACUUCACGCCAAGCGGAGAGUUUGGGGAGGUUUGCCGGGGUCGCCUCAAGCUGCCGGGCCGUCGGGAGAUCAUUGUAGCCAUCAAAACCCUGAAAGUGGGUUACACCGACCGCCAAAGGCGAGACUUCCUGUCUGAGGCAUCAAUUAUGGGCCAGUUUGACCACCCCAACAUUAUUCGCCUCGAAGGUGUGGUUACCAAGAGUCGCCCCGUCAUGAUUGUGACUGAGUUCAUGGAGAAUGGAGCACUGGAUUCAUUUCUGAGGCUUAAUGAUGGGCAGUUCACAGUGAUUCAGCUGGUUGGAAUGCUCCGUGGGAUUGCAUCCGGCAUGAAGUACUUGUCAGACAUGAACUAUGUGCACAGAGACUUGGCUGCACGUAACAUCUUGGUCAACAGUAAUCUGGUGUGUAAGGUCUCGGACUUUGGUUUGUCCCGUUUCCUGGAGGAUGACCCCAAUGAUCCCACCUACACCAGCUCACUGUAUUUCAUGCUCACCUACUCAUUCGCAUAUCCACAGGGAGGAAAGAUCCCCAUUCGCUGGACAGCUCCCGAGGCGAUUGCCUAUCGGAAGUUCACCUCAGCGAGCGACGUGUGGAGCUACGGCAUUGUCAUGUGGGAAGUCAUGUCGUAUGGCGAGCGGCCGUACUGGGACAUGAGCAAUCAGGAUGUGAUAAACGCCGUGGAGCAGGAUUACCGACUGCCUCCGCCUAUGGACUGUCCCACAGCGCUUCACCAGCUCAUGUUGGACUGUUGGGUGAAGGAGAGGAACCUACGACCUAAAUUCACCCAGAUUGUGGCCACGCUGGAUAAGCUUAUCCGCAAUGCUGCCAGCCUCAAGGUGGUCACGAACAGCACACAGUCCUCCGGGGUAUCCCAGCCCUUGCUUGACCGCUGCGUGCCGGACUAUUCCACUUUUACCACUGUGGGGGACUGGCUGGAUGCCAUCAAGAUGAGCCGCUACCGCGACAACUUUGUCAACGCUGGAUUUGCUUCCUUUGACCUAGUGGCCCAGAUGACAGCAGAGGACUUGCUUCGGAUAGGGGUGACGUUGGCGGGCCAUCAGAAGAAAAUCCUCGGUAGCAUUCAGGACAUGAGACUACAGAUGAACCAAACGCUGCCGGUCCAGGUCUGAGACGCGACAUACAGACUGAUGCAGUCAACGGACAAAGACAAAGGGGGAAGGAACUGAGCCAGAGAGAGAGCCAUUGGAAAACCUGAGCUGCCUGACCCAUCGGACGCUGUCAAACUGGCUUGCAGUGCCUCUGAUUUACUUUUUUUGGGGGGUUUUUGCGUUACUUCACCAACACUUCCAUUUGCUGUCCCUGUUUUUUGUUCCUCGUCAUUUUUGUUUUUUUGCUUUUUUUAUUCCCAUCCAGCUCUUUGAGUGUUUUUUUUUAACUAUUUUUUUUUUUAGAGGUGAGGAAGAGUGCAUUAUCCCACUCCUAUCCCGUGCGUGCUGCACCAGCUCUGGUGUGGACUGGCGCUUUCAUGCAUGUGCGUUUUUAAAUGAGGAUGGCCUUAACCUUGCGCCUCAAAUGCCCUCCUCACCCCGGCUCGAAAGGACAUAAUUCAUGAUAAGGAACGCCAGGAUAAGAACAAGCCUCCACACAGGCACACACAAACACAAAAAUGCGUUUUUGGACGCAAAGGAAAGUGAGGACCGGACUCUUUCCCCUCAAGUUGUUUUGCAGUGUGUGUGUUCUUCAUCUUCAUAUUGAAGGUGUGUUAUCUCAAAGGGCACUUGCUGGAAAAGGGUGAGGCAGAGGAAAUUCGAUCAGACAGGGGUCUAAGGUUAAGAAGGUUAUAAGGUCAGAGGAAUGCAGUCAAGUGUGUGGACACUUCUUUUAGCUGCUGGGUUUCCUCAAAAGUCCUGAAGCCGAUCAGGAUCCUUCCCUGCUCACCAGCUGUGGGUUUGUUUGUUUGUUUGUUUUUUUGUUUCCAUAGAACUUUUACUUUGAGUUUUCUUCACCUUCCAUUUUUCUUUUCGCACACUUUAUUUUUUUGUCAGAAUGGGAGAUUUUUGAUUUCAAAAUUGGCCGGUCAAACCUAAAAACUUCCACCGGACGCUACUUGCGAUGAACGGGAGAUGAGGACUGUGGCGACACAACGAAAAGACCGCAUGGCCUUUUAUGUGUUUUUUUUUUUUUUUGUACGUGCGUGUGCGUGUAUGUGAGUUUUAGUGUGGCUGAAUGUGCGGGUGUGCACAUAAAUAUAUACUGUACAAUACAGCUUCCGCUAUCUGCCACCGUGGAGAAUUAACGCAUGAACUAAACAGUGACAAGGAGUAAAUAUAUCUGAAACAAUUAUGCUAUAAUCUGUGGACAACUGUUAAACAUUUUAUAUUGAAUCCAAAAAUGGACUUUUGGCAUAUAUAUAUAUAUAUAUAUAUAUAUAUAUAUAUAUAUGAAUGAAGAAACUGAGCGAAACCCAUGAUGGACACCUUGCUUUCUACUUAUUGUUAGAAAUUAUCAAGAUUUUUGUUUUUAAUUUUUCUGUUCUUUUUUAAAUUUUGACAUCCUGCCCUUUGUAUUUAUUUGUACGUCACCUCCGUCACCAACAACCAAAUGGACAAGAGGCCGUUUGGGACUGUGGACUUGAAACAAUCAAACGGAAGAGAAGCUCCAUGAGGAUUCAGUUCAUAAAUUGAUGAUUAUUAAACCAACAAAAACUAUUGCAUAUAAAUUGGAUAUUGUAUUUUUGUUGUUGUUCUAAACAGCCUGUACAUGUUUUGUAACAAAAGUACAUCAAAUAACAUUAAGAAAAUGGUGUUUUAACAAAA